AUGUUAUCACAUGAUACGCUUCAUUCAAAACGAGUUAUUAAAAUACAAGAUUUAAUAAAACAUUAUGAUUCAUUAUUAGCAAGUGGACAUGAACCUGAAACACAUGUCAUUGUUAAUAGUGUUCAAAUUGAAGAUGAUAAAUGGAAACGUCUUUCACGACAAAUUGUCGAUUUACUUCUUGCUCAUUUACAAUCUCAGAAUCAAUCACUUUUGGAUAUUUAUUCCACACAAUUAACACUAUUUGAUGUUGCUUUUCGAGCACUAAAUGUCAAUUGUCAAUCUACAAAUCGAUAG